AUGGGGAAUGGAGUGGAAAAAGAGAAUAGAAAUAACCGCGGGAAUGAAUCAUCCAUCGAAAAACGAAUCGAAUCUCCAUCCCUUCUCAUCCUCUCCGAUGUGUUUCUGGAUCGAUCGGAUGUCUUCGAUCGGCUCAAAGAACUCUUCACCAAACACGCGGACGAUUCGUUGCCGCCUUCCUUUCUAUUCUGCGGGGAUUUCGUGUCCUCCAACUUCUCCGUGGAUUCCGCGGGAAUUCGCAGACUCCUCCGUCUGUUUACAUCCCUAGCAGAACUAAUCGCAUCGUUUCCUCGCCUCGUGGAACACGCACACUUCAUUUUUGUUCCAGGCACGCGCGAUGUAGGGGCGAAUGGGCUGUUUCCAAGAGAACCAGUACAACGCACUUUGCAGAUUCAAUGCUGUAGAUUCCUCAGUUCUUUUCACACCCAAUUCAAGAAGUAUUCCACGAACAUCCAGAAAAUAUUCAUUUCACAAGCAAUCCAAGCCGAAUUCGUCUAG